UAGGACUGAAUUACAACCGAAACCCUGUUAUGUAAUGGGAACAAAGAGGAAGGCGAAUAGUUGGAUUGUCUGGGAACAGAAACAACAGCAGGAGAAGAGAAGAGUGUCAGAAAUACAGCAGAGAAACCAGCAGUGAUCAGCAUGUCAGUUGAUGUGGACAAGAUGAAUUUACCUUCUCGACCAGAAAUGAUUGAUUUCCAGGGAGUCUCAAUGGUCCACUAUUUCACAGACAACUGGGCGAACGUUCAAAACUUUCAGGCCAGGCCAGAUGAUAUACUUAUUGCAACAUACCCCAAAGCAGGAACCACCUGGGUCUCUUACAUCCUUGAUCUGCUGUAUUUUGGUCAGACAUCCCCAGAGCGUCAGACAUCCAUGCCAAUCUAUGAGAGAGUGCCCUUCUUGGAGCUCACCAUCCCAUCUUUGGAUUCAGGAAAAGAUCUGGCGGACAAGCUCCCCACCUCUCCUCGCCUCAUUAAAACUCAUUUUCCAGUCCAGUUUGUGCCACAGUCCUUUUGGGAGCAAAACUGCAGGAUGAUCUACGUGGCCCGCAAUGCCAAAGACAACAUGGUGUCUUAUUUUCACUUUGAACGCAUGAACAUGGUCCAGCCAGAGCCUGGAGACUGGAACAGCUACAUCCACAAAUUCAUGGAGGGAAAGAUUGUGUAUGGACCCUGGUAUGACCAUGUGAACGGCUGGUGGAAGAAGAAACAGACUUAUUCAAAAAUCCAUUACAUGUUCUACGAAGAUCUGACUGAGGAUACUGGUCGGGAAAUAGACAAACUCUGCCACUUUCUCGGUUUGUCUCCUACAGCUGAGGAGAAGCAAAGAAUUACAGACAGAGUGCAGUUUGAUAAUAUGAAAAAGGACGACAUGACCAACUAUUCUACGCUCCCAGUUAUGGAUUUCAAAAUUUCUCCUUUUAUGAGGAAAGGGAAGGUUGGUGACUGGAAGAACCAUUUCACUGUGGCGCAGAGUGAACAGUUUGAUGAAGACUACAAGAAGAAGAUGAAGGACCCCACACUUCAGUUCCGCACUGAAAUUUGAACACUGGACAUGGCUAUGUGGAGAUGGGUAUAUGAUUGCCUAGACAUGUGGCAUUUCUGUAAAACAAUUGCACCUAAUGUAUUAAGUUGCAUGUGACAGCAGAAGUGUUUUUCAUAUUUUUUAGAUCUGCAAUUAAACAAUAAUAGCUCAUUCA